AUGGACGAUCAGGAUCUGGAGGUCGAGAAGACGAGGCUGAUAAGCUUGGCUCUGGAUUUCGGAUUCGAUGAAGAAUCAGCAAGGAAGUGCUUAGACCGUCUCGUUCUUCUCUACGGAGAUGAUGGACAAGAUUUCAUCACGGUGGAGCACUGUGGUGACGAUUUUCUUGCGGCUCUGGCCGAAUCUAUGCAAGAUACCGAGGAUUGGGAUGACCUACAAGCCAUAGAAUCGGAGGCUUGUGGAACUUUGGCUGACAUGUUUGACAAGGAUGUUCUCAACGAUCACGAAGCAGAUAACAGUGGCAGUGCAAGGAUCAACGUCCAUGUUAUACAAGACUCACCCGAAUCUCAGAAACCUCAAAAUUUGAUGUUACUGGAUUCUUCAAGUGACAGUGAAAAAGAAGAUUUAGAAAUUCAAAACAAAAAGAAAUUCGAAUCUACCCCCUCCUCUCAUCCUGACAGGAGCAAUUGGGCCUUCACACAAAGUUCCUGCAAACAUCCAUCAAACUCUUUGGAUGGUGCGAGCAGCAUUACACAAGGUUCAGUUUCAUCAAGUUACAAUAAAAUGACAUAUUCCAGGGCAUCAAGAGAUAAACAUGGAACUCUCAGUUAUGAACAGUUACAGGCUUUGGAUGAUAUUGAGUUGGCAAACAUUGUAAUAUUUGGAAACAGUACCUUCAGGCCCUUGCAGUACCAGGCUUGUAAAGCAUCUUUGGCAAAGCAUGAUUGCUUCAUUCUUAUGCCCACUGGAGGUGGUAAAAGUCUAUGUUACCAGCUUCCAGCAACUCUGCAACCAGGUGUUACAGUUGUCAUAUCCCCCCUGCUUUCCCUUAUUCAGGAUCAGAUAAUCACACUAAACGUCAAGUUUGGAAUACCAGCAACUUUUUUAAAUUCCCAACAAACUGCUUCCCAAGCAGCAGCUAUAAUGCAAGAGUUAAGGCAAGGUUCAUUCCUUUCUUUGUACUUGGUCUAUUUGGAGAUUGUCUUUUUCUUGAGUGAACUUUUUAACGUUUAA